AUGUUGGCUGAUGGAGGCCAGAGCCUCCAAAAGGAGGCAGAGCGAGACAGAGCGAGACAGACGGAGGCAGAGCGAGACAGAGCGAGACAGACGGAGGCAGAGCGAGACAGAGCGAGACAGACGGAGGCAGACGGAGGCAGAGCGAGACAGACGGAGGCAGACGGAGGCAGACGGAGGCAGACGGAGGCAGAGCGAGACAGACGGAGGCAGACGGAGGCAGAGCGAGACAGAGCGAGACAGACGGAGGCAGACGGAGGCAGACGGAGGCAGAGCGAGACAGACGGAGGCAGACGGAGGCAGAGCGAGACAGAGCGAGACAGACGGAGGCAGACGGAGGCAGACGGAGGCAGAGCGAGACAGAGCAAGGCAGAGCGAGGCAGAGCGAGGCAGAGCGAGACAGACGGAGGUAGACGGAGGCAGAGCGAGACAGACGGAGGCAGACGGAGGCAGAGCGAGACAGACGGAGGCAGACGGAGACAGAGCGAGACAGACGGAGGCAGACGGAAGCAGACGGAGGCAGACGGAGGCAGAGCGAGACAGACGGAGGCAGACGGAGGCAGACUGAGGCAGACGGAGGCAGAGCGAGACAGACGGAGGCAGACGGAAGCAGACGGAGGCAGACGGAGGCAGAGCGAGGCAGACGGAGGCAGACGGAGACAGUGCGAGGCAGACGGAGGCAGAGCGAGACAGACGGAGGAAGAGCGAGACAGACGGAGGCAGACGGAGGCAGAGCGAGACAGACGGAGGCAGACGGAGAUAGACGGAGGCAGACGGAGACAGACGGAGGCAGACGGAGACAGACGGAGGAAGACGGAGACAGACGGAGGCAGACGGAGACAGAGCGAGACAGACGGAGGCAGAGCGAGACAGACGGAGGCAGACGGAGACAGAGCGAGACAGACGGAGGCAGAGCGAGACAGACGGAGGCAGACGGAGACAGACGGAGGCAGACGGAGACAGACGGAGGCAGACGGAGACAGACGGAGGCAGACGGAGACAGAGCGAGACAGACGGAGGCAGACGGAGACAGACGGAGGCAGACGGAGACAGAGCGAGACAGACGGAGGCAGAGCGAGACAGACGGAGGCAGAGCGAGACAGACGGAGGCAGACGGAGGCAGACGGAGACAGACGGAGGCAGACGGAGACAGACGGAGACAGACGGAGGCAGACGGAGGCAGACGGAGGCAGAGCGAGACAGACGGAGGCAGACGGAGGCAGAGCGAGACAGAGCGAGACAGACGGAGGCAGACGGAGGCAGAUGGAGGCAGACGGAGGCAGACGGAGGCAGAGCGAGACAAAGCAAGGCAGAGCGAGGCAGAGCGAGACAGACGGAGGCAGACGGAGGCAGAGCGAGACAGACGGAGGCAGACGGAGGCAGACGGAGGCAGACGGAGGCAGACGGAGGCAGAGCGAGACAGACGGAGGCAGACGGAGACAGAGCGAGACAGACGGAGGCAGACGGAGGCAGAGCGAGACAGACGGAGGCAGACGGAGGCAGACGGAGGCAGACGGAAGCAGACGGAGGCAGACGGAGGCAGACGGAGGCAGACGGAAGCAGACGGAGGCAGACGGAGGCAGAGCGAGGCAGACGGAGGCAGACGGAGACAGUGCGAGGCAGACGGAGGCAGAGAGAGACAGACGGAGGAAGAGCGAGACAGACGGAGGCAGACGGAGGCAGAGCGAGACAGACGGAGGCAGACGGAGACAGAGCGAGACAGACGGAGGCAGAGCGAGACAGUGCGAGGCAGACGGAGACAGAGCGAGGCAGACGGAGGCAGACGGAGGCAGACGGAGACAGACGGAGGCAGACGGAGACAGACGGAGGCAGACGGAGGCAGAGCGAGGCAGACGGAGGCAGACGGAGGCAGAGCGAGACAGACGGAGGCAGACGGAGGCAGACGGAGGCAGACGGAGGCAGACGGAGGCAGACGGAGGCAGACGGAGGCAGAGCGAGGCAGACGGAGGCAGAUGGAGGCAGACGGAGGCAGACGGAGACACAGGAUGCCGUGGGGAGCAGGACUUUGCCCAAAUUCUUCUUGCUGCUGUUUCAAGGCCAAGUGCCGGAAAAAACAAAUGGCAAGCGUUGUUCCACAGAAGGCUGAGCAAUGUCCUGUACUUCCAUUAUUUUGGAGACAUUUCUGACAAUAAAUGA